CGAUUCAUGACUUGAAUUAAAACAUUGGUGAGAAUUAUGCCGCUCAAAUCACCUUUUAUCGUUCCGUUACUCGAAACUUCCGUUAAUUCUAAUGCGGAACUUAGUUUGAAGAUAAAGGUUCCUGUCGGAUUAUAAAAACUAAAACACCAAGACAGAACGUGCUUUUCAAAAUUCGAAAAAUUAUAUUCUUGUUAGUGAUUGGAUAAUUCUUGCAUGUCUUGUGAAAAUCUUUCACAAUUUUAGUUUCAUACAUUUGAUUCGAUCAACUGAAAAGCGUAAGUUACAUGGUUUUUGUAACGGGUUGAUUAUGGGUCUAAGAAGUUUCACUUAUGCCUGUGGUGCUUGAUUGGGAACGGGAAUACCUUUCUACAUUUAUGAUGUUACGCUAAUAAAUAUUUUUCACGUCCUGUCUCUCUUGCAAGGGUUAAUUGCAGUAUAUUGCCAUGGAGAGUGUGGAGGAGAAGUUUAAAGCUCUGUCCAUUGCUCGGCGUAUCCAGCCGAGUGAGCCCACCUAUCUGUUGGACAUGUCUGUCCAGAGUGUCUCUGGUCCAGGACCAGGACUCCUGGCUGUGUGCUGCUCCAACCGCUCCAUUCAUCUGCACUGCAAGGACAACCUUACCCUCCUUGGAGAGUACCAGGGCCAUGGAGGUCCACUCUGUGGAGUCAGCUUCGCCCAUCGGUCUCCUGACCUGCUGUUCUCAGGCUCGGCCGAUGGCACAGUCAGGACGUGGGACGUUCGCAGACCUGGGUCCGAGGCUGUUCAGGUGUUCAGGAGUGAUCCCUAUCACCACUUCUGCAGUUUUGACGUGAGCUGCAGUGACGAGGUCCUGUGUGCUGGCACUGAACAGGUGGAUGGAGACGACAGUUUUUUGGUUUUCUGGGAUGGACGCAUGACCAAGGAGAAGAGUUGUGGGGUUCUCGGUGUGUACUCUGAAUCGCAUAGUGACGACAUCACACAGGUGCGCUUUCACCCCUCAAAUAAAGACCGGCUGGCAUCAGGCUCCACUGAUGGCCUUGUCAACGUUUUCGACCUGAGCCAGGGUACAGAGGAAGAGGCCCUGAUGGCCACUUGCAACAGUGGCUCUUCUGCCAGCUCAGUCUGCUGGGCGGGGAAGGACUUGAACCAGCUGCUGUGUCUCAGCCAUGAUGAGGGCAUGCACCUGUGGGACCUCGGUCAAAUAGACACCAAUGAACCCCUCACAGUCUUCGGCACUCCCGAUGCUCGGAGCUUGACCCCACUCAGUGAUGGGAGACCCCUAGACUACCUGGUAAGCGGGAUGUGGCUAGAGGAAGAGCAGUGUCUGCUGGUUCUGGGGGGAGAGAACCGUGGAGAUCUCCAUGUCCUUGAGUGCAGCGGUAAGGGCCUGCGUCUGGUGAAGUCGCUCCGUGGCGGCCAUUCUGCCAUGGUACGUUGCUUCGUGUGGGACCCAGAAGGAGGGGCCCUGUUCACAGGUGGAGAGGAUGCCCAGCUGCUUCUGUGGAAACCUGGGGCCCAGGAGCUUACGUCAGGGAAGAGGGACACCUUAAAGAGUGGCUCAGCAAUCAAAUUAAAAUCUAGACCACAUAAAAAGCACGGGUACCAAAAAAGAGAAGAAGCGUGACAAGCUAGAGGUGUGAUUUUAAAUGUUAAGUGAGGAAUGGGAGUGUUCAACAGAUUUUACAGUUUUGUACAGAAAUAAAUGCUUAUCUCUAGAUGGGAGAUGUAUUCAUCAUCUUCAUGAUCACUGAAAACUACAUUUAGUAGUCUGUACUUCUACUAUUUACUUACUAAGUAGUACUUGGAUCAACCUGCAUGAAGCUAUGGUUUUACAGGACAAGGUUUUACAUGAAUGUGUAUGCUUGCUAGUUUAUUAGCUCCCUCAGUUCUGAGACAAGUAGAGUUCACCACUCCUUCAUUAACCCAAAGUAGAACAUAGUAUUUAAAACAUUUAAAAACAUAGUUUAUAAACUGAAUAAUGAUUGCA